ACUUAGACAAGUGUAGACGUCAUAUCCAGCUCUGGUCAUACAUGUACAUAUAAUUCCACACACACAAUCUCCAGCUACAUGUAUAGAGCAGUUGACGUUGAUCGUUGACGUUAGUUUACGUCCAUUGUGUCUGCACUUACAAUAUCACCGACUAUCAAAAUCCAUAUACUAAAUUUAAGUGAUGUUUUAUUAAAUCGAUUUUUAUUUCAUUUAUUACCCAGCAGUAAACUCGACUGCUGAUCAGUUUCAAAAGACGUGCCAACGGAAUUAUUGUAAAAUGUUGUCAUACAAUAUUUUUUUAAUAUCAAACGUCUUGGUGGCAUUUGCCAGCGGGUUUGUAUUAGGACCAGGGUCAGGUAAUUUGUUUACGAAUAAACCAAUCGAGGACUUCAUCAAGCCGCACUACAGCCACUACGAGGAGGUAAAAGAAUUGUUCAGCCAACUGGAGAACCAGUAUCCGAAUCUAGCCAAGGUCCAUUCGAUAGGAAAAUCAACAGAGAAUCGCGAUCUGUUGGUGCUGGAGAUUUCGGAGAAUGUCAGACAACGGGACAUUGGUGAGCCGAUGGUUAAAUAUGUCGCAAAUAUGCAUGGUGAUGAGUCUGUAGGACGACAGCUCAUGAUUUACUUGGCCCAGUACCUGCUGGCGAAUUAUAAUCGCGACGAGAGAGUCACCAGACUGGUCAACACUACGGAUAUUUUCCUGAUGCCCUCCUUGAAUCCAGAUGGUUUUGAAAAGUCAAAGGAAGGACUCUGCGAUUCGCUCAAUGAUUUCUCUGGACGAGAAAAUGCUAAACAUAUUGAUCUCAAUCGCGAUUUUCCUGAUCAGUUCCAACGUAUUCCUGAUUUCGCUGUACCAAGACAGAGUGAAACUGUCGCCAUGAUGAUGUGGAUCGCUAACCAGCCCUUUGUUCUCUCGGGUAAUUUCCAUGGAGGUGCUGUCGUCGCUAGUUAUCCAUACGACUCUGGCAUAUCGCAUCCAUGCUGCAUUGAAAGCAAAUCACCAGAUGACAACCUAUUUAAAUAUCUUGCGCACAUUUACGCCGACAAUCACCCGGUGAUGCAUAAUGGCAAUGCCUGCCUACCGGAGCAAUUCCCCGGUGGAGUCACCAAUGGAGCUAAAUGGUAUGAAGUCGUGGGUGGUAUGCAAGAUUUUAAUUACGCUCGAUCAAAUGCAUUUGAGAUAACAUUUGAAUUGAGCUGCUGUAAAUAUCCAUCGGCUUCUCAUAUGCCCGAGCACUGGCAGUUAAAUAAAGAAUCUCUUAUUAAAUAUUUAGAGCAAGCACACAUCGGGAUUAAAGGUUUGGUGGUUGAUCCAAAUGGUUACCCAAUAGGAGACGCACAAAUUCAUAUUGAUGGGAAUAGUCACAAUAUAACAACAACAAAUCGCGGUGAAUAUUGGAGAUUACUACUUCCGGGUAAUUACGUCGUGAGUGCCAGCGCUUGGGGAUACUCGACUAGUGAUCCAGUUCAGGUGACAGUAAGAAAAGAUGAACCGACAAUGCUAAACUUUACAUUAAAUCCAGUAUCUCCUGAUGAAAAAGCGCAAGCCUCAGAAAAAGUAGAGCAAGUUGUUCGACCUCGUGAUAAAUAUGGAUUUUAUCGUGAUAUCCCAUUAGUCCAUCACAAUUACACAUCAAUGGAAUAUUUUUUAAAAGAAUUAAACGGGUCUUAUCCAAGCAUUGCGCGUCUAUACAGCGUUGGUAAAUCUGUCCAAGGACGGGAGUUGUACGUAAUGGAGAUAACGAGUAAUCCGGGAAAACAUGAUCCCAAUAAGCCAGAGGUCAAGUACAUUGCGAAUAUGCACGGAAAUGAAGUCGUUGGUCGGGAAAUGUUGUUGUUAUUACUCGAGUAUCUUUGCGAGAACUACGGUACUGAUGAACGUGUGACUAAAAUUGUCGAUAACGUCAGAUUGCACGUGAUGCCGAGCAUGAAUCCCGACGGAUAUGCCGUUUCAAAGAUCGGCGACGUCGACGGACUUACUGGGCGAGAAAAUGCGCAUAAAGUUGAUUUAAAUAGAAAUUUUCCUGAUCAGUAUGGAACCACUGAGUUUAAUAAAAAUCCUGAACCAGAGACAAAGGCGGUGAUGGACUGGAUAGCAAGUAUUCCAUUUGUUUUAUCAGCAAAUAUUCACGGCGGCGCGCUUGUAGCAAAUUAUCCGUACGAUGACGGACCAGAUCAGAGCAAAACGACUGAACCGAGUCUGAGUCCUGAUGACGCGGUAUUCAAAGCUCUGGCGUUGGCGUAUUCGAAUGCCCACCCGCGGAUGCAUCUCGGGCAGCCUUGUCCGCCUCCGCCUGGUAGAAAGUGGAUGGCUUCGCUCUUAAACGAGCGAUUUCCCGACGGUAUCACCAAUGGAGCUGCUUGGUACUCCGUUUCCGGUGGCAUGCAAGACUACAAUUACCUUCACAGCAAUGCCUUUGAAAUAACUUUGGAAAUCGGCUGCACCAAGUAUCCUAAAGCGGAAGAGCUGCCAACUUUCUGGCUGGAAAAUCGUGAACCUCUUUUAGCUUUUGUGGAGAUGUCUCGUAAAGGUAUUCAUGGAAUAGUAAGUUCUUCUAUUGGAACUCCAAUAGCUCACGCUAAAAUAUCAAUUGAAGGAAUAAAACAUGAUAUUUAUACAGCUAAAGAUGGCGAUUACUGGCGGCUAUUGGUCCCUGGCACUUAUACAGUGACAGCAAGUGCGCCAGGAUAUGAAUCGUUAACCGAAACAGUAAAAGUACCAUCGAGUCGUAAGUCACGUCAGCAAGAAGUCCGACAAGAUUUUACUUUGAUGCGUGAUGACAAUGACCACUGGUCUUCUGCCUACGACUUCCGCCAGCUGAUAAAUUUAAAGCCCAUAUACUUGACUAAUUCUAAACUGAACGAGAUUUUGAGCGAGUUUGAGAAUGAUCAUCCAGAUGUUGCUGAAUUCAAAGCCGGGGAAUCCCUUGACAGUAUGGCGAUACAUUCGCUGAAGAUAACGCGAAAUUUGGGCGCGCCUGAGGAAAAUAAAAUUCAUAUCGCAUUAGUCGGAGGUUUAUUCGCAUCCCAGCCUGUAGGUCGUGAAAUUUACCGUCGGCUUGCUAAUCAUCUGAUUACUGGCAACCGGAUUGGAGACCCUCCGAUUGUCAAACUCCUUGACAAUGCCGUCAUUCACAUUAUUCCUGGCGUUGAUCCAGGAUUUGAAAGCCUCUCAGACAAUUGCAAUCCCAUAGUUAACAAUGAAGUUGGCCAGAAAUUGUUGGAGAACAACAGCAACGAAUCAGAUCUCGUGACAUCUGCAUUCAAAAGAAUGCUGAGCACUGAAGAUUACGACAUUAUUGUAAAUAUAUUUGGGGGAAAUUUAGGUGUCAGUUACACAGAAGAUUUGAAUGUCUACAAACGUUUGGCUGAGAAAUAUGAAAAUUCCAUGCACAAAGAAAAGUGUGAUCUAGAUAACGUUGACUCAAAUGCCGUUGGUGAUUUUAUACAAAAGCAAUAUCAUAUUCCAGUGGUAUCAUUAUCAUUAUCAUGCUGCAAGUAUCCAGCGGCUGAUAAAAUUCCAACAAUUUGGCGCGACAAUUUAUUGCCGUUAAAAGAAUUACUUUUUGAUUUAACUACUGGUGUAAGAGUUGAAGUUACUGAUCCCGCUGGUCAGCCAUUAAGACAAGCCAAGGUGACUAUUGGCAAUGAAGUUUAUGGUGUCACUAAAAAUAUGGCAUAUUUUAUAAAAACAAUGCUACCUAAUAUAUAUUCGCUGACUGUUUCUUGUGACAAGUAUGAGAGUAAGUCAGUAAGCGUUGAAGUAAAAGAACACGAAAUGUCUGAUGUUAAAGUACAAUUAGAAAUGUCAAAAGUAACUCCAGGUGUAGUGGAAUCUGUUGAUCUCAAUAAGAGUAAUAAAAUUAUAAAUAAUACAGUAAACUGGAUACUGGAUGAUUUGAAUGGACGUUUUCCUACAAUUUCUCGACUACACACUGUCGGACACACUGCCCAGGGUACGGUGGUAAUGUCACUGGAGAUCGGAGCCCAAAGUACCACGACCAAGUUGUCCGGUAAGCCUGCAAUAGUAUUUUCAGCGGGUGUUGGAAACGGCGCCCCAGUAACGCCUGAAAUUCUUACCAAUCUCGCGACUUACUUGGUCACUAAUUACAAAAAAAAGGAGUCCGUUACCAACGUACUUGAACGUUUUACAAUUCACAUUGCGCCUAAUUUGUAUCCAGACCACCAAAAUAAUUCCACAUGUUCAACAAAGCCGUCGCGGAUUGAGUUCCCGCUUGAAGAGACGCUUACCCCGGAUGCGCAGAUGAUUGUCGACUGGUUCAAAAAAAUCCAGGCACUUGUGGCGAUUAAUUUGAACACCGGGUCCUGGCAUGUAGAGAUUCCGUUCGGGGAUAAGCGCAGAGAGACACGCGAGUACAAGACCAAUGACGAAGAAAUAUUCCAGUACCUCGCAAGCUCGUACAUUCAACAUCUGCCUAUUUUGGCGUUGCUUGAUCAGAAGUGCGGUGAUGACAUACACACAGAAACAAAAGGUAUUGCACACGGCGCCACUGCCGUGGUCGACGGGCGUCCGAAUUCGCUGAUGGAUUAUAUUUAUUUAAAGACCAGUACUCUGAUGAUGGACAUCUACGUCACCUGCUGCAGCAGCGAUCAGCCGACCAACACCUGGGUCGAUCAUAAAAAUAGUCUAUUCAAGAUAAUAACUGCGAUUGAGAAAGGAGUCGCCGGUUACGUUGUCUCGGAGACUAACGAGCCCAUUGAAAACGCUGUGAUCACUUAUGAUGACUCUGUUCAUAAAGUUGUUUCCGGUGAAACUGGCUCUUGGUGGAUGUUAUUAUCUGCAGGAAGUCAUAAUAUUACUGUCGAAGCGCCGGGAUAUAUUUCAGACACCAAAGAAAUAUCAACACCUGAAUUAAAUAAAUUUACGCGGGUCUUGUUCAAGUUGUCGAGAAAUAAUCAAGUUUGGGGACUCCCGAGAUUUGUUUUUAUCAUCAUUGCUGCGCUCAUUUGCAUGGGAUUGAUUGUCAUUGGAAUUGUUUGCUACAUGUACUGCCAAUCAGUAAAAGAAUCAGAGAAAAAUGACCGACGUGCUUAUGCAUUUAGUUUACUCAGAGAUGGCACGAGUUUUUUCGACGAUGAUGAAAAAGAAGUUGAAUUAUUUAAUAGAUCUAAAGAUGAAAUAGAGCAGAAGCAGAGUUUGAAUCGCCCGUACUACGACGAUGAUAAUGAAUCGGAGUCGGAUGAAGCCAGUGAUUUAGAAUUUAUUAAACCUGAAGGUGAUUGGGACGACAAAGUACCGAUAAUGUCCAAAAAAUAAUUAUUAUAUUAAUACAAAUAUAUAAAUCAUGAUCCGCCCUCUAAUCACUACCAAUCAUAUCAUCGACUUUAUAUUUUUAUUUAAAAAUAUUUAUACGUAAUUUUUUUUUUUGCAAAUAAAAAAUAUAUUUAUAUAAAAUGUUUAUAGUACUUUUGAAGUAAUCACCAAAUUAAUAAAAUAUACUCCGGUGAUUUUUUUUCAUUUAAUAAAUACUGCUUCCAUAAAACGUGAUAAAUUAAAUACUUUAAGUAUAUCACAAGAUG